CUUUUUUCCUCUCUCCCUCCCCUCUUUUUUUUGUUUUCCCUCUCGGGUUUGUUUUGCAGAUCGUUUGUCUCUUUCUCCCUCCCAGAGAAAGAUAUCAAAAAGAGGCCGGCGUGCCCUUUUCUCCCUCCCUCCCUCCCUCUCCCGCGUUCUCUUCUCACUCUGCAAACUUGACCACCGCUUCACUCUUUUAGCGGGCAUUCAUUGCGAUUGAAUUUGUUCCCGAUCCCCCCUCAUUGAUUUCACCCUUACCGUCAAUAUGAAGGGUGCUUUCCUUGCCACUGCGGCUGCCCUCGCCGGUACCGCUCUGGCUGAUGGCGGCGCUCACAUGCGUCGUCACGGUCACGACUCUUUCCACCAGCGUCGUGCCGUUCAGGCUGAGCCCGAGGAGUCUUGCGGCUGCACCACCGAGGUCAUCACCGUCUGGGGAACCCCUACCCUCGUGCCCGCUGCGGUCCCUACCACUGUGACUUCCGACGUCGUCACCACCCUCCACUCCACCAGCUACACCACCGUCACCGUUGUCGCUACCCCCGGCGAGUCGACUGCCCCUGCUGAGGCUGCUACCACUGCCGAGGGUGCUGGUGCUACUGGCGGUGCUGCUGGCAACGCCUCUCCCAGCGAGUCUACCCCCGCUGCUGGUGGUGCCACCGGUGGUGCUGCCGGUGCUGCUUCUGGCACUUCCUCCACCCCCGAGGGUGUCGCUGCCACCGGUGCUGCUGGCGGCAAUGUCGGCCAGGUCUCUUCCUCCACCCCUGUCGCUGCUGCUACCACCUCCAGCCAGGCUGUUGUCCCCACCCCGGAGACCACCACCUUCUCCACCACUGGUGUCUACACUAUCCCCGCGGCUACCGUGACCGUCUCCGACACCACCUCCGUCGUCGCCGGCACCACUACCUCCCUGGCUAGCGGUACCCAGACCUACGGUGGUGUCACCACCAUCGUCGAGACCUCGACCACCGUCACCUGCCCCUACGCCACCGUCUCCCCCUCUGGCUCCACCGUCACCAGCAUCAUCCAGACCACCACCUACGUCUGCCCCGAGGCUGGUACCUACACCAUUGCUCCCACCACCACCUACGUUCCCUCCAACACCGUCGUGACCUACCCCACCGUCUCCACGGUCACCCCCGGCACCUACACCCACAGCGCUAUCACUGUGACCGCCACCGUUACUGACUACACCUACACUUGCCCCUUCGCCAACGCCAACGAGCCCACCAGCACCCCUGCUGCCGCUACCACUAGCGCUGUUGUGGUGACCACCCCGGCUCCUGCCACCACCACCGCUGCCGCUGUCACUUCCUCCGUCCAGUCCAGCACUGUCGCCAGCUCCAGCGCCGCCGCCAGCUCUGGCGUCAGCGCCAGCGGCAACAGCAUGGGAAUGACCUACACUCCCUACAGCAACUCUGGUGGUUGCAAGUCCAAGGCCACCGUCGAGUCGGACAUUGAGACCAUCGCCAACAAGGGUUUCACCCACAUCCGUCUCUACUCCACCGACUGCAGCACCCUCGAAUACGUUGGUUCCGCUGCCAGCAAGUACGGCCUCAAGCUGAUCCUCGGUGUCUACAUCUCCAGCACCGGCACCUCGGGUGCUCAGGACCAGGUCACUGCCAUCACCGAGUGGGGUCAGUGGUCCAUGGUUACCCUCAUCGUUGUCGGUAACGAGGCCAUCUCCGACGGUUACACCACCGCCAGCGAGCUCGCCACCUUCAUCUCCUCCUGCAAGUCCAGCUUCGAGGCUGCCGGCUACACUGGCCAGAUCACCACCACUGAGCCUGUCGACAUCUGGCAGGAGUACGGCAGCAGCACCCUGUGCUCUGUCGUUGACGUCCUUGGUGCCAACAUCCACCCCUUCUUCAACGCCGAGACCACCGCCGCCGAGGCCGGUACCUUCGCCUCCACCGAGGUCGCCCUCCUGAAGAAGAUCUGUACCGACAUGGAUGUCAUCAACCUCGAGACUGGCUGGCCGAGCCAGGGUAACGCCAACGGUGCUGCCGUCCCCGGUACCACCGAGCAGGCCACCGCCAUCAAGGGCAUCCGCGAGUCCGUUGGAGAGCUGUCCGUCUUCUUCUCCUACGCCAACGACCUGUGGAAGGACCCCGGCGAGUACGACGUUGAGCAGUACUGGGGUUGCAUUGACCAGUUCUAAGCGAGUCCCGCUUGAUUUGUCUAUAGUUUCCUGAACAAUUUUUUCUUUUGCUUCCGAUCUGCUUGGAGUUGUUUAUAAUCCUGUAUCUGUCGUCCCGGGUACAUUCAACACGACAGGACUUGGCUUAUCUUUCCCUUCUCCGUACAGUUGAAAGUUUCAUAUAGUAGAUAUAACCUUUGGUGUCUGUUUCAUUUCUUCAUAUACUCUUAUCUAUGUGUCUAGUGACCGGGUUUGCGUCUGCUUUUCUUUGUUGUAUAGGCUAAUUUAACGGCUUACGAAGAUACUUGUAUAAUUGUAGACAGUAUAUUCAUGGGACGCAACGGACUCACAAUGAC